CAUCGGAAGCCUGGAAUUCCAUUUAAUGAUAUCAACCAGGUCCCCAAAGUGAAGGAAGAAAUUCUGAAAUGCAGAAAGGCUUAUUUGCAGUCGCAAAUGGGAAUCUGGAAUAACUAUGAAAAACACACUGAAAUAAUUGUGUUUGACUGGAACAAAAUUCUUGCAAAGUCCCCAAGGAUGCGAUUCUGUGCCAAAUCAAUGCUGCUGUCUGACUGGCUCUUUCUGGUCUAUGUGUUAAUGGUCUGCUGUAAAUUGUUGUCCGCCUCUAGCCACCAGCCCCGAGGGCACACAGGCCAGCACCAAGUCAAGCAGGGGACAUGUGAAGUUGUGGCAGUGCAUCGUUGCUGCAAUAAGAACCGGAUCGAAGAACGGUCGCAAACAGUCAAGUGCUCCUGCUUCCCAGGGCAGGUGGCUGGUACCACAAGGGCUCAGCCCUCUUGCGUGGAAGCUUCCAUCGUCCUACAGAAGUGGUGGUGUCAUAUGAACCCCUGUUUGGAUGGAGAGGACUGUAAAGUGCUACCAGACUAUUCAGGUAACACGGUAGCAAAAAAUAACCCCCUGAGUCCCUACUGGAACAGUGGCGUGUGCAAUCAUGUUGCUUGGCUGUUAUACAGAGAUCCCUUUUUGUGACAAUGACAGAGACUUAUUCCUUUGGACUUGCAAAAUUAGUGACCUAAAAGGACCACGCUUCUACAUSCAACUGUGGCUGUAGUUCUCAAACCUACAUUUUGCUAUACGGAAUAAUACGUGUUUGAUUUCAGAAGGAAAAGCAAUGAGAUUUGUUUCUUCCUGAAAUGCACAUUGGAUUCCCAAUUGGAUUCUGACACCUAGCAGCWGUUCUUGAAAACACACACCUGGACUUCUGUGGUGCAUCAAGAAUAGAACAUUGUUUGGGAUGCUAAGAACUGUAAAAUUGCUUUAAAUGAGUUUAGAUCAUUGAAGUAACCCAGGAGGUCCUAAAGAGAAAAUGGUUAUGUUGCUUCCAGUAUGGAUUUGUCUGAGGAACUUUUCACAUAUGGUACAACGUAAUAAUAGAAAGCUGAUCCUCAAGCUAAGGGUGUCAGUGGGAUAAUGU